AUGCACAGGAUUUCUAAAGGGGAUUUAAAACUAACUGUAUGCAAGAAACAAUCCUGGCAGUUCAUUUCAGCAGCUUUCAAGAAGAGACUGCUCGACAGGGUUAAAACUAUAUUAGCUGAGAUGAAGCGCUCCACUAACACGGUGUUGACUUGGUCCGACGAGAUCUUCACCGUGGAGGCAGUCACCAACUGGGAGAAUGACAGGCUUUAUGCACGUAAUGCAAGAGAUUUUUCUGAAUGUAGCAGGAGUUAUUUACACCGUCAAAAGGCAACUUUACUCAUGAUGUGGGCCUCAGUUGCAUCUGAUGGGUUCAAGUCUCCCUUGAUGCUGGCGUCAAAGGCUAACAGUGAAGUUUAUGUGGAAAUACUGGAUGAGAAACUAUUACUCCGGGUCACAGAAAGCUUUGAUGACCGUCACGUCUUCACUCAAGAUCGGGCUCCGGCCUACACAUCCAAUUUGACACAAAGUUGA